CUUAAAAACCUAACUUUUUCUAAAAAACCUAACUUAUACCUGUAGAGUUUAAGCUUUAAAAUAAUUGAAAAUCGGAUAGGUGGCUACCUUGCUUAAACGAACCUUGGGUUGAGAGCACGAGUUGGAAGGGGCAUUUAUUAGUGCGGCAGUUGGGUGUCAGCGAUCAAAUAGAACGGUUGUAAUUGAACGGAAAUAAAGAGCUACUGUGAACUCAACAAUUUUGGCGCAGCCGGUAGGAUCAGCGAAAAUGGUGAGUGUGUGCGCCUGAUCCCAUUGUAAAUUUCUUUGGAAUAAAUGUGGAGCUAAUGUUGAGAUAAGUGAACAUAGAAUGAAGACGAAAUCCAGUGGGUUUCUAAUUUUAGAACUCAAGUGCGUAGAGGCUUAAAUUUUGACGGGAAUGCAGGCGUGCAUAAAUUAGCUGUGUUGGGCAUAAGAUUCAUUGUGGAAUAAAUUGAAACGAAGCAUUUGAACGGUGUAUGAAUUAACGGUGUAAAGGUAAAACCGAUCCUAGAGGGAAAUUUACAAUGUUAGCGUGCUGAAGCGAGUCCAGAGAAAUCUGCAGCGCUAGUGUGUAAAAGCGAGCCCGGUACAACCGUAGCGCUGUUCUUAGAAGCGAGUCCAGAAAAAAAUCAGCAGCGCUAGUGUGUGAAAGCGAGCCCGGUAUAACCGUAGCGCUGGUCUUAGAAGCGAGUCCAGAAAAAUCUGCAGCGCUAGUGUGUGAAAGCGAGCCCGGUACAACCGAAGCGCUGUUCUUAGAAGCGAGUCCAGAGAAAUCUGCAGCGCUAGUGUGUGAAAGCGAGUCCGGUACAACCGUAGCGCUGUUCUUUAGAAAGGAGUAAAAAAAAAAAAAAACUGCAGCACUCGUGUGUGAAAGAUGAAUGUAUAUGUUAGAAUUGGUCGGGGAAAUUCGAAGAAUAAUCUAUUGAAGCUAACCCGCAGCAAGUCGUACUGAUGAUUUUCCAGUUUGAAGUUUGUCGGAAGUGUGAAGCCAACACGUAAAGCUAAACGCGGCACGCUAUUUUUUGAUUACGGAAAAACACAAUUUCGAGACACACUGGCUUUAUAUAAAAGAAAAAGGAAAUCACACGCUUAUUUCAAUUCAAUAUUGUGUUAUUAAAAGAGAGGUUACUGUAGGUUACUGUAAACCAAAAUAUCGAAUAUGACAAAUGACAAAUAGUAAUGAUUUUUUCCCUCUGUACUGCACUCCAGAUGAACCAGGACAAGCAAUUUAUUGUUCCAUUGGGACCCUUUAACGAUAAAGUGGAUUCUCACGACUUACGUCGCGAAUGGGAGGAAUGGCAUCGGGCCUUUGAGCUGAUCCUACAAAUGGGGAAAAAGAAAUCCCAAAGUCGUAAGCUGGUUAGCAUGCUAGCAAUGGGAGGUCGUGGAUUGCAACGCAUAUACUAUAAUUUGCGUCCAGUACCUGGAGAAGUUGCUCCUAAGCCAAUUAAAGUGCCUAUGAUGCCGACUGAAAUACCGGAAUAUGAUAACGCAGUUAAGCGCCUACAACAUUUUUUCAUGGGAAAGCGGAAUGAGCGAGUGGAUUUGGAAGUUUUUCGAUCCCUUAGGCAGUUACCGGAGGAAUCAUUUAACACUUUUAUGCUGCGACUUCGAGCUCAAGCGGCGAGGUGCGAGUUUUCCGAGCGGGAGGAGAAAGAAUUACUACAACAAAUCACGAUCGGGGCACGCGAGGAAAAAGUGCGGGACAAAGCCUUAGAGAACAUCAUGAAUCUAGAUGAAAUCAUUAUUUACGCAAUGAACCGUGAGAUUCUCCUACAACAACGGGAAAAACAUAAACCCUUUUCAGCUGGGACGGAAGUGAAUAGCAUUAAUCCCAGUCGCUCAAGGAAUCGGAACUUCAGCUCGAGUCGUGGCAUUGAACGCUAUCAGCGUUAUGGAGGAACGCGACCGGAUAAUUUGGGUAAUGGGCGUUACUACGGUGCAUCGGUACACGGGUGCAAGCGGUGCGGUUCUUCUCGGCACUUCGAGGAUUCGCGAGAUUGUGUUGCUAGAAAUGCACGAUGUAAUAAUUGUGGAGGACAUGGACACUAUGCCAGAAAAUGCGACAAUCGAGUGAAACAAACUAAUCGAUUCUUUGGACGCGAUCGCAACCGUGAAUAUGGACGCGAGUUCAGUCGCGGAUUGAAAAGUAGCACUAAUACAGUAGAUGUGGCAGUGACCAGCGAAGAGAAGGAUCAUAUUGCUAAGGUGGAAGCAAUUAAUUAUAACAAUGACUCCGUACUAUGUAUGAUAGAUGAUGUGCCCGUGGAAUUUAUCAUUGACUCGGGUUCUUCGAUUAACGCUGUUACGGAAGAAGUAUGGCAUAAAUUGAUCUCCCAUAAGGCGAAAAUAUUUAAAAGGAAGUACCAAUGCGAUCGUAAGUUUUAUGCUUAUGCAAAUAGUGAGCCGUUGAUGGUGACAGCGAUAUUCGAAGCGUUCAUAUCGGUCAAUCCGACAAAACCAACUAACUACGCAGAGUUCUUUGUGAUCAAGGGAGCGGGGAAAUGUCUUCUCAGCAAACGGACAUCGGAAGAUCUAAAAUUGCUAAGAAUUGGCCUUGAUGUACUUCAGGUUAACCCAGCUUUAAGCAAAGAGACUAAACCAUUCCCAAAAUUCCCGGGAGUUCAAGUGAAGCUAUCUAUCGACCCUAACAUACCGCCAAAGAAGAUCGCUUAUUUGAGGAUCCCUGCUGCAAUGGAACAGAAGGUGCACAAUAAGAUAAAAGAAAUGCUUCAGAGUGACGUCAUAGAGAAGGUCGAAGGCCCAGCUGACUGGAUAUCACCCAUGGAGGUAGUUCCCAAAGGAAAGGACGAUAUCCGGAUAUGUAUAAAUAUGAAGCACCCAAACGAAGCCAUUCAGAGAGAACAUUAUCCUUUGCCCAUUAUCGACACGUUCUUGAAUAAACUUAAACACUCCAAGUUUUAUUCCCGGCUGGAUAUAACGUCGGCGUACCACCAUGUUGAGCUUCACCCUGACUCGCGAGGUGUCGCAACCUUCAUGACAAACAUGGGGCUAAUGCGCUUUAAGCGCUUAAUGUUCGGUAUAAACUGUGCGCCGGAAAUCUUCCAAAGGAUUAUGACGGACAUGUUAAGUGGCAUUGACGGGGUGAUCGUAUAUAUCGAUGAUAUCGUCGUCUCAGGCAGCAACAGGGAGGAACACGAUAAACGGUUACAGCAAGUCUUGAGGGUACUAGAAGAAAAUAAUGCGAUGCUAAACCGGAGUAAAUGCGUUUUCGGAGUCGAGAAGUUAGAAAUACUGGGGUUUGAAGUAAGCGCCCAGGGCAUCAGCCCAUCCGAAGAGAAAGUAGCGGCAAUUAAGAAUUUUCGACCACCGUCAUCUAAGGAAGAAGUGCGCAGCUUUUUGGGCCUCCUCAACUUCGUUGGUCAUUUUAUCCCGAAUCUCUCCACAAGAACGGAACCGUUAAGAAAAUUUAUACGAGGAGAAGUAGAGAUGUUCGACAGGGAACAAAUGGAUGCUUUUGAUGAUUUGCGACUGGAGUUGUCCAAUAAUGUUCGAGAAUUAGGGUUUUAUGAUCCGCUUGAUGCUACUGCGGUAUAUGUCGAUGCCUCACCUGUUGGACUCGGGGCAGUACUUACUCAAACAGAUCGACACACAAACAAACCCAGAAUAAUUUGCUUUGCUUCAAAAGGCUUGACCGCUGCUGAAAGAGUGUAUCCGCAAACACAACGGGAGGCGCUCGCAGUUGUAUGGGCGGUAGAGAAGCUUUACUUGUAUCUUUUCGGGACCCGAUUCACGAUCUUCACCGACCAUAAAACUCUGGAAUAUAUAUACGGCGGAAAACACCAGAACGGACGACGAGCCUGUUCCAGGGCAGAAGGUUGGGCACUCCGCCUGCAACCGUACGACUUUGAAAUUAAAUAUAUACCUGCAGCGACGAAUAUCGCGGAUAUCUUAUCUCGUCUGGUAUCUGAACCCGGGAAGCAAUUUGAUGAAACUUCGGACCAUUUUCUGUUUUCUUUGCACGAAGGAUUUUCCGCUAUUACCUUGGAUGAAAUACGGCAAGAAACCACUGAAGACGAAAUACUUUUGGCAGUUAUGUCGGCUUUAGACACCAAGCAUUGGCCUCCGGAACUUUUUCGAUACCAAGCGUUCGAAAAGGAGCUAACUGUCAUAGACGGUAUUGUGGUGAGAGAUGAUCGUGUAGUACUCCCAGCAAAAUUACGCACGAGAGCAUUGAAAAUAGCACAUCGUGGACAUCCUGGGAUUGUAGCGAUGCGAAGAAACAUACGUGAAAAAAUGUGGUGGCCGUGUAUGGAUCGGGAUGUGACAAAUGCUGUUCAGGAAUGUGCUGGUUGUGCGGCCGUAAGUAAGGAGUAUCCACCGGAACCAAUGAUACGCAAGGAAAUGCCGGAACGCGCGUGGCAAGAGAUCGCCAUUGAUUUUUUUUCAGCGAAAGAAUUUUCUACGUUUUUAGUCAUCGUCGAUUACUACAGUCGAUUCUUGAAGGUGAUAGAGAUGAAGAAUACUAACGCGGCUAAAUCAAUUGAAGCACUCGAAUCUGUGUUUCACGAGCAAACUUACCCUGAGACUAUCCGCAGUGAUAAUGGGCCACCGUUCGCGAGCGAAGAUUUUUCGCAAUAUUGCAAAACUAAAAAUAUCAGAUUAGUGCGUACCAUACCUUAUUGGCCGCAAAUGAACGGAUUAGUUGAGAGACAAAAUCAAGGGGUUCUUCGAGCACUGCGUAUUGCCAAGGCAACAGGCAGCGACUGGCGGAAGGCGGUGGAAGAUUAUGUGUAUAUGUAUAACACAACACCGCACUCAGUAACUGAAAAAGCUCCGUUGGAACUAAUGACCGGCCGCCCAGUUAAGGAUCUCCUACCUUCACUAAGAACGGAUCCACAUUGGCGCAGAGAUGAGGAAGUACGAGAGAAAGAUGCCAUAAAGAAGAUGCAAGGUAAACUCUACACGGAUAAUCGCAGACAGGCCAAACAUGCUGAUAUCAAUGUCGGUGAUACCGUUAUGCUGCGAAACUUUGAAACGGGUAAGCUGGAACCAAAGUUUCGCCUUGAGAAGUUUAAGGUGCUGAAGAAAAUUGGAAGUGACACUAUCGUGGCUAAUGAAGAAGGUAUCACGUAUCGUCGAUCGGUGACGCACCUGCGGAAAUUCCCAUUGCCAUCUGCAGAUUGCGCUGCAUCAGCCCAAUCGGGACCAAUACCACGAGAUAACUCCGAAAAUGACCCUGUAUCGAAAGAACAAAAACUGCAGGAAAACAAACGGAAGCGGGAGGUUGACCAAGAUCAGGUCUUGGCCAAGCGGCCAAUUAGGGAAAAGAGAGUUCCACUGAAGUUUUUGUAGUGAUCGGAAGUUUUUUUUUUCUCUUCUCAAUUUCUAUUUUUUUUUUUUUAUUCGGAGAAGGAGAGAGAUGUAGAGUUUAAGCUUUAAAAUAAUUGAAAAUCGGAUAGGUGGCUACCUUGCUUAAACGAACCUUGGGUUGAGAGCACGAGUUGGAAGGGGCAUUUAUUAGUGCGGCAGUUGGGUGUCAGCGAUCAAAUAGAACGGUUGUAAUUGAACGGAAAUAAAGAGCUACUGUGAACUCA